AAAAAAGAGGAAAAUAACCCUUUCCUUUGUCUCUUUUUUAUUCUUUAUUUAAUUUUUUAUUCUCUCUUAAAAAAAAAGACUUCUUGUAUUAAUAAAAAAAAAAUGUCUUCUCAAGCAAACGGCAAUUAUAACCCCAAGGAAGGUGUCAGCUCUCCCUACAUGUCAAAUGAUCCCAACUCCAACGUCAACAACUUUAAGAUCAUUGAAUCUACUCUCAGAGAGGGUGAACAAUUUGCUAAUGCUUUCUUCACUACUGAAAAGAAGAUUGAAAUCGCCAAAGCACUCGAUGAUAUUGGUGUUGAUUACCUUGAAUUAACUUCACCUGCUGCAUCUGAACAAUCUCGUAACGAUUGUACUGUUAUUUCUAACCUUGGCUUAAAGGCCAAGAUCUUGACUCACGUCCGUUGUCAUAUGGAUGAUGCCAAGUUGGCCAUUGAUACCGGUGUGGAUGGUCUUGAUGUGGUGAUUGGCACAUCAAGUUUCCUUCGUGAAUUCUCUCAUGGUAAGGAUAUGGAUUAUAUCACCAAGCAAGCCAUUGAGGUCAUCACCUACAUCAAGAGCAAGGGCCUCGAAGUACGUUUCUCUACUGAAGAUUCUUUCCGUUCCGAUCUCGUGGAUCUCUUGAGUAUUUACAAGGCUGUCGACAAGAUUGGUGUCAACCGUGUGGGUAUUGCUGAUACCGUCGGCUGUGCUAACCCUCGUCAAGUCUAUGAACUUGUCAAGACUUUAAGAAGUGUCGUCAGUUGUGAUAUCGAAUGUCAUUUCCAUAAUGACACGGGUUGUGCUAUUGCUAACGCUUAUGCCGCUUUGGAAGCUGGUGCUACUCAUAUUGAUACUUCCGUUCUCGGUAUUGGUGAGCGUAACGGUAUCACUCCUUUGGGUGGACUUUUGGCCAGAAUGUAUACGGGUGAUAAGGAAUACGUAAAGACAAAGUACGAUUUGACCAAGAUUCGUGAGGUGGAGAAUAUUGUUGCUGAAGCCGUGGAAGUGACUGUACCAUUCAACAAUUACAUUACGGGUUACUGUGCUUUUACUCACAAGGCUGGUAUCCAUGCCAAGGCGAUUUUAAACAACCCAUCCACAUAUGAAAUUUUGAACCCCCACGAUUUUGGUAUGACCCGCUAUGUUAGUAUUGGUCAUCGUUUGACUGGUUGGAAUGCUGUUAAGAACCGAGUGGAACAACUUGAUUUGGAUUUGACAGAUGAUGAUGCUAAGGCUGUGACAAACAAGAUUAAGGAGUUGGCUGAUGUGCGUCCUCUUUCUUUGGACGAUGUGGAUGUCUUACUUCGUUCUUACCAUCAAGCUAAGGCAGAUGGUGUUCAUACCCAUUUCUUGAAUAAGAUUGAAAAGCCCGAACAUAUUGCCACCAUCAGUGCUGAGGCUUCUGCAUAAAAAAAAAAAAAUACAAUUUAUAAAUAACUUCCACACCCCCUUUUCCCCAUAACAAAUGUUUAUUCAUAGAUCCUCUCUUUCUUCUAUACAUAUUUAAUUUAUUUUUUUUCUUGCUUC